UCUGCGCCUGAAUACGGGUGGGAAAGUGGCGGAUGAAUACAUAUAUCCCUCCGCCUCGACGGCACACGGAGAGAUAAGCGACGCCGGAGGAGCUGCAGCGCCCAGACUACGACUCUCACUCCCGCCAGCGACGCCCGCUUAUAACCCCUCCAACAUGGCUGAUCAGCUAACAGAGGAGCAGAUUGCAGAGUUCAAGGAGGCCUUCUCCUUAUUCGACAAGGAUGGAGACGGCACCAUCACCACCAAAGAGCUGGGCACAGUGAUGCGGUCGCUGGGGCAGAACCCCACAGAGGCGGAGCUCCAGGAUAUGAUAAACGAAGUGGAUGCUGAUGGCAAUGGAACCAUAGACUUCCCAGAGUUCCUGACCAUGAUGGCCAGAAAGAUGAAGGACACGGACAGUGAGGAGGAGAUCCGUGAGGCCUUCCGGGUAUUCGACAAGGAUGGAAAUGGCUAUAUCAGCGCUGCAGAGUUGCGCCACGUUAUGACGAACCUCGGGGAGAAGCUCACAGAUGAGGAAGUGGACGAGAUGAUUAGAGAAGCGGACAUCGAUGGGGACGGUCAGGUGAACUACGAAGAAUUUGUACAGAUGAUGACCGCAAAGUGAAGCUUCCUGUCCUCUCCUGCCCUCUUAGAAGAAAACAAAAAAAUCUAAUGUUUUAUUUACCUCUUGGGGAAAAAGAACAUACAUUUACUCAUAAUGUUUCUGUACAGAAAAUAAUUGAAUGUUGAAAUAAAAAUAACCUUCUGUCCACAGAGAUUAAAAAAGAAAUCAGCUAUUCUGCAUGAAAUGGUUAGUGAUCCUGUCCCUUACAGAUCAAUCUAGCAUCAGUUAUUAAAACGUUAAAUAACCUGUAACUACCUACAAACGGAAGAAAACAAGCAUUUGGCGAACUCCUACAGUUCCAUUUGCUCUUGUUGCUGUUUGGGCUGGCCAUCUUUUCUCUCUUCUCUGUUUUUCUGUUCUUCAUGCAUGCAGUCUGAGACUGGAGCUCCUUCCUCUGCCAGUCUGAGCGUGCUCUUUCCACUGAAGUGUCGUAAUGCCCGUUGGUUCUGUUUUUUGUAUUUUUGAAAGGAACCUGGAAUAAAAGCAGGUUCUGAUACAAGCAGAUGGUGGAAUGGGACUUUUAUUGUAUGGCGGGGAUAGAAAAUAAUAAAUAUAAAUGAAAAAAAAUACAAAAAUGACAAAAAUCUUAAACGUUUGGCAUGGUUUAGGUUUCUAGUGAUUUUGUUUGUUCAUUUCAGUUCUUUGUGUUUAUUUUUCCCUCGGAUGGUGGUCUCCUGUGUGGGCCGUCCCUUUCUGGAGGAGAUAAGGCGUGAUAAGAGUGCAUUAUGGUGGUUUCUGAAGUUUGGGGAAGCGAGGGAUGGGGGGCUCUCUCUGUCUCUCCGUUUCUCUUUCUGCCUGGUGAUGGCGUUUUGCUGACCGAGUUUCAGCUCAAGUCUUCACUGUUAAUCUGAGUUCAGUUUACAUUCAUUCCAACUUGUAUGUGCUACUCGUAAUUUUUUUUUUCUUUUUUUUUUUUUCAAAUAAAAAAUGACCAUGAACUUAAAAA